UUGAGCAGCUUCUUUGGUGCUGAAGAACCCCCCCUCUCCCGUACCUCAUCAGCGCCGAUUCUUAUCACCAGUUUACGGUCUUGCACCUCCUUGCGAGUUUUUCAAUACCUGGAGCAGGCCACCUAGGCAUUUCGAAAAUCCAGAGUUCCACCCGCCUGGCAAUCUACCAACGACCACAACUGGAAUAUGGACAUGAACUCGAUGUCAAUGUCCAUGACCGCGACUUCCAGCGGAGCCAUGGCGUCCUCGACAUCCGACAUGUCGGGACACGGAUCGAUGGAUAGCUCAAUGAUGUCCAUGGCUGACAUGGUGAUGACCUUCUUCACCUCAACAUCGACCCCUCUGUACUCCGAGGGCUGGACUCCGGACACCACUGGCCAAUACGUGGGAACAUGCAUCUUCCUCAUCGUCCUUGCAGUGCUAUUUCGAGGAAUAAUCGCAAUUCGCCAGAACUUCGCAGCCUUGCUGGUGUGGUAUAGCUAUCGCAAGGAUACGCCUAUACUGCGAUCAGAUCUGGAUGAUAAGGUUCGACGGCAGCUGGUCGCCGGUUCAGGACGGCCCUGGAACAUCAAUGAGGCUCUAGCGCGAGCAUGCCUAGACACCGUGCUUGCGGGCGUGAGCUAUCUGCUGAUGUUGGCGGUGAUGACCAUGAACGUCGGAUACUUUAUGUCGAUAUUGGGAGGAACGUUCCUCGGGAGCUUCGUGAUCGGGGACUGGACACCUAGGGCGGAUCAUUGCGACGGCCAUUGAAGGCUUUGAAGCAUUUGCCGGCCAUCGCUGCGACUUUCAUGUCGGCGUCACACUGUAGGAGGCUUAAUGAAUCAACGAGCUUUGCAUGCGCGUCCGCUGCCUCGAAACUACGUUCUCCUGUCUUGUUGCCUGUAUGCUGAUGUCAGUAAUUACCGCCGUGCAAGAAAUGCCGGCGGAGGAGGCCCAGCAGAUGGUUGUCAUAAUCAUUUCGAGUCAUGUUAUAUGUAGCGAUUCGCAGACUUGGAGGUGGAAAUGUAGAUAUUCUAGGUUCCCGGAUGGCAUGGCAGCUCCCGAUAAGGCUGAUUAUGCAGGUGCAGGGAGCGGAGCGGAGUGCGAAAGGUGCGUCUCGCGGGGAAACGCGCGAGGCCAGCAUCAUGAAAAGAUAAAUUUCCAAGGUUGGGUUGUGUCAGAGAUGACUGUUCUUCAAAGAGCAGCCAAGCCAAGCCAAACCUUCUCUAACCAGGUCUGUCAUACCCUGAAU